AUGCUUGUAAAACCAGAAAUUUUUCAAAGACGUAACUGUGGUCCAAUUGUAACAAUUCAACAGAAAGAAUACCUGCAACAAUUGGAACAAUUAUACGAUGACAAAAUGACUUGGCUGUAUACUAACAAUUUUCUGGUCGAAUAUGAAAACGAAAGCGUCCACGAAGUAGCCGAAAAGACACCUAACGGAAAGGUUGAACCAGAAGAUCAAACAAGCAAGGAUGCAUGUGUUCGAGAAAUACUUGAAGAAACAAGACUUCUUGCUGAACCGCAAUACAUAUUUAUAUCGCGAAGGUCGAUAAUAGACCACUCAAAUUUAAAGAAGAAAAAACAGCCCGUGGAAGCUGGUAUCUUUUGA